GCUUGACAGCGCAGCACCGGCGUCGGUCACACGCGCGAAGUAUCGCGGUCGCACGUGCUGCCUCCACUCUGCUCUUAUUGGCAGAAACUCGAUACCCUUUUAAUUCUCAGAAAUCAGACACAGACACACUCUCUCUCUAACUUCUCUCACUCCAAAUCCAACACUCUACACUCUCGACUGUUCGUACCUAUACAUGCACGCUAUACAUACACCGACGCAUGUAUGGUUUUAGAGAGAGAAACUGGACGGUGAGGCCUGCGAUAAUCUGCUUGGUGCCAUUCAACAGCUGCACAGCUCCAUCCUCAAUUUCCAUCAUUUUCCUAAUUUAUCUCUCUUCGCUGUGCUGAAUUGCGCUGAAUUAGUUCAGCUUCUUCUACUGCCAUCUUAGGAGGUUCUUCUUGUGACCUCUUAAUUUGGUUACUCUUGAAAUAUUCAACUUAACAACUACCAGAUGUCCUGUAGAACUAUAUUACAGCUAUGCUCCUCUGAUGAUUUGGGCUUAUCUUAUUAUGCGUGACCAACACCACAAUGGGCAGCUUCCCUGUGAAUUCUUGGCAGUUGCUUUUAUGGACUCUAUUGCUUUACAACGUGGCAACAGAGCUUAAAGCUCUCAGCCCCGAUGGUCAGGCUCUUGUCAACUUUAGGACCGCCAUAAUUAGCUCAGAUGGUAUUCUGCAGCAAUGGAGACCAGAGGAUCCAGACCCAUGCAGGUGGAGAGGAGUAAGAUGUGACGUGAAGUCAAAGAGAGUAACAGCCUUGAUCCUUUCAAACCACAAGUUGAGUGGACCAAUAUCUGCUGACAUUGGAAAAUUAGAAAACCUGCAACUUCUAGCUCUUCACGACAACAAUUUUUAUGGGGCAAUCCCUCCAAAACUUGGGAACUGUACACAGCUGCGCUCGAUGUAUUUGCAAGGUAACUACUUUAGUGGACCGAUUCCAAGUGAGCUUGGAAACCUGUCUCAGCUUGAGAAUUUGGAUGUCUCAAGCAAUUCUCUUAGUGGAACGAUUCCUGCUUCACUUGGAAAUUUGAACAAGCUUUCAAGUUUCAAUGUUUCAACAAAUUUUCUGGUGGGGCCUAUACCUUCCGAUGGUAUUCUUGCAAAAUUCCAAAAUAAUUCCUUCGUUGGAAACCGGGGAUUGUGUGGCAAGCAAAUCCAAAUAUGCAAGAAUAAUAGUGGUGGUUCUUCCUCUUCUUCACAACCUACAGAUUCAGCUCUGUCCCAAGCUAAGAAGAAAUAUUCUGGGAGGCUUCUUAUCAGUGCAGUGGCCACUGUGGGUGCCUUGCUGCUGGUAGCCCUGAUGUGCUUCUGGGGUUGUUUCCUAUAUAAGAAGCUUGGUAAAAACGACCGCAAAGGCCUCGCUGUGGAUGUUGGUGAAGGAACCUCGGUUGUAAUAUUUCAUGGAGACCUGCCCUAUACUUCAAAGGACAUCAUUAAAAAAUUGGAGACCUUAAAUGAAGAGCAUGUAAUUGGUGCGGGCGGUUUUGGUACUGUUUACAAGCUCGCGAUGGAUGAUGGCAAUGUGUUUGCCUUAAAAAGGAUUUUUAAGGUCAAUGAUGGCUUUAAUCGCUUUUUCGAGAGAGAGCUUGAAAUUCUUGGAAGCAUCAAACACAGAUACCUUGUGAACCUACGAGGAUACUGCAAUUCCCCAACAUCACAGUUGUUAAUAUAUGAUUUCCUAUCAGGAGGCAGCCUUGAUGAAGCUCUACAUGAGAGAGCGGAGCAACUUGAUUGGGAGACUCGAUUAAAUAUUAUUAUGGGAGCUGCAAAGGGCCUAGCCUACCUGCAUCAUGAUUGUUCGCCUAGAAUUAUCCACCGAGAUAUCAAGUCAAGCAACAUUUUGCUUGAUGGAAAUUUUGAUGCUAGAGUUUCUGACUUUGGACUGGCUAAACUAUUGAAGGAUGAGGAAUCCCACAUCACAACCAUUGUUGCUGGGACAUUUGGUUAUCUGGCUCCAGAGUACAUGCAGAGUGGUAGAGCUACUCAAAAGUCUGAUGUUUAUAGUUUUGGUGUUCUCUUGCUCGAAAUUGUGAGUGGAAAGCGGCCUACGGAUGCAUCCUUCAUCGAGAAGGGCCUUAACAUUGUUGGAUGGUUAAAUUAUCUGGCUUUGGAGAACAGGCAAAGAGAAAUAGUCGAUCCACACUGUGAAAGAGUGCAUGCAGAGACCUUCGACGCCCUACUUUCAGUGGCCGUUCAAUGUGUUUCUUCAGUCCCCGAGGAUCGUCCCACCAUGCAGCAGGUAGUUCAAAUUCUUGAAUCCGAAAUCAUGACUCCAUGCCCUAGUGAUUUCUAUGACUCGAGUUCCGAUUGAGGCUAUUUAUCUAUGUGUAACAAAGAGAGGUCAACCUACCCCAUCACCCACUGCACCCACCACCUUGAAGCAAAUGAUCGUAAGCAACCGGAAAACAGAAAACAAAUGUUUAUUCAUUAUUUUUGCUGAACUACGAUUGAACAUGCUCUGCACUCAAUUCACCUCAAAAUUCAUCUACUGCUCCAUUUCUACUUCCGAGUUGCUUGUUCGAACCUUCUGCAAUUGGUGCCAAUAGUUGGCUACGAAACGUCACCCAUCAGUCAGCGUUCGCCAUCGCUGUCUAUUUGUGUAAGUUGUAAUUGCUCAGGAUCAAUUGUAUAUGAAAUGGUUUAACUUACUCUACAGUCAAAGGAUCUCUAUUGUUGAUUU